AUGAUGAACGUGUUAGCGAUGAGUUUGUUUCUCAUUUCUCUUGCAGCAGAAAGCACCAUUGUCAAAGAAGGCCAUCGGGUUGUCGUCGUUGAAUUCGAUGGAGAUGGUUAUCAGAACACCAAAAUCUCCAUCUCACCGGAGCAGCAUGCAGAUUCUGACACCGGUGAUGACCUCAUCUGUGACGCCUAUGGAAAGUGCAAGUAUAAGAUAGCCAGCGCCGUAGAGAAAGCCAAGGAAAAGGCCCACGACGUUAUCGACUUCGAGAGAGAGUCGCUGGCAAAGAAGAAAGAGAUGACGCGUGGUGCAGUUGAGAAGGCCAAAGAAACCGUUUACGAUAAAGCUCAUGAUGCUAAGGAGUAUGCAAAAGAAGCUGUGGAGAACGUAAAGGAACAUGGGGAAACCCUCAAGAAUGAUGUGGUUAUGAACGUCACGGAAGGAAAUGAUAUGCUUUUGGGGGUUCGGGUAGCAAUGAGGCGAGUAGCUGCUGUAUAUUUGGGAUCCAUGGACAAUUUGGAUUCAUUGAUGAGUGUGGCUAAUUUGAUGGGAUUUACAACUGCUUAUGGACUGUGUGUUUGGGUUACUUUCUUCUCAAGCUACGUACUAUCGAUGAUUAUGCCGAGACAGCAAUUUGCGGUGGUACAAAGUAAGAUAUACCCUGUAUACUUCAAAGCUAUGGCUUAUAGUAUUGGGAUGGCUUUGGUGGGCCAUGUCUUUGGCCAUACCACCAAGGUGCUUUCCCAUAAAGCUGGCAUAUUUCAAGCUUAUAACCUUCUUGCCGCACUUUUCACUGUUUUUGCCAAUUCUGUUUACUUGGAACCUCGUGCUACUAAGCUGAUGUUUGAAAGGAUGAAACUGGAGAAAGAAGAAGGAAGGGGAAGAGAGGAUAUGACAGGUGAGCCAGCAACAACCACACUAGGUGCAGAGCAGGACGCAUUCAGAUCGAAGAUUCUCAAACUUAAUGAGAAGCUGAAGAAGUUGAAUUCAUACUCCUCCAUCUUAAACAUCCUCACUCUCAUGUUUCUUACUUGGCAUCUGGUCUAUUUGGCUCAGCGUGUUCAUGACGGCCCAUGUUAA